AGCACGUGCGGUAGUCUUUGGAAGCAACUAUUGUUCUCGUUACUGGUGUCACUUCAGCUUCUCGUCGUACUCUGGACUGUCUAAUCAUAUCCCGUCUCCUGCUCGUCACUGAUAUUCCUUUCUCUUGCACGCCUGCAUGAAACGUAAUGCGCAGCCCACGUAGAGGUAUGUUGGCUCGCUGUGACUGUCGGCCAAAUCAAGGGACACACGCACGAGGAAUGACUCGUUCAUCUUUCUCUCAUAAGUGCCUAGUUCCAGAGUGCUGAUGCACAACGAGAGAAACUUUUUCUUAGUUUCAGAGAACUCCCCAGUCAUGCAGGAGGCAGAACCCAUACAGCGGCGUUCCCAGCAAAGGGCUGGUGAGCAAGCUACGUGCAAAAAACUCUACAGGCGUUCUACGAUCAUCGACAUAAAAGAGAUGGAAGGCACCCCGAUGCCCCCUCCACCAGAUUUUUCAGACGAAGACGCCAACGUACCGCGGGUUGUCAACGCGCGACCAAAGGAACCCGUCUACCAAGUCGUCCAAAAACAAAAGGUCCCACCGGCGCCACCGCAACGUCGGGAAUCCCUCCAGGCUCCACCUGGAGAGGACAUGCUUCCCCCUCCUCCCAAAGAGUUCCUCGUCAGUGAACGUGAUAACAGCGACCCCUACGAAGAACUGGACCACUUUAACCCAAGUCAUCCAAGAGCACGGGCGACUGGCAUAAUGUCUGUACUUUUCCAAGAACCGUUCUACACCGACGACCCGACGGAAGUUGAACCUAGUGAACGACCGCGGAAAGCAUCAGCAACGAAAGAAAACUUUCUGGACGCUUCAGCAAGCACAGGGUCUUCAUCUUGGAAAUUUUGCCUGCCAUCAGUGCCCAGAGUAGCCCAAAAGCACAUCAAGUCACCGCUCAAUCCAAGCACUGAAGGCGGCUACAAGGAAGCUCCUUCGCAUGCAGAUGAAAGCCCAGUGGGGACUGUAACUAAUUCGCCACCCAACCGCUCUUCGUCGAGCCGUAAAAGCUAUGGACAACACGAUAGUGGUCAGCCGAACUACAGUGUAGUGACAAAGCCCCUAACUUCUCAGUGGAAAGGAAAACAAAAGAAAACAUCACCGCUCGAAAGCGGACUUAUUGAAACACCUUCGCAUGUCGCAGAGUGCACAGAUCGGGAGAAGACCCUGUCUCCCAGUGGCGCUCCUGCGAAAUGUGACAAUGCUCCGAGCGGUGACGACUACCCAGGGCUGUAUGACAGUAUCCAGGACAAUUACAGCGUGGCGACGAAAUCUUUAAUUCGACCGCGAAAAGGAAAACCGACGAACCACAUUGCAAAGUUCUUCGACAAAGGGCAAUUCACUGAGCUUCAAGAAGAGGGCAAACAUGCUAUCGAUUCACCAAGAAGCCCGACAUUGCCUGACCUCCCACCUCAGGAUUACAUACUUGAUGAAAUGGAAGAAAGAGCAAUGAUUGAGCCAGCAUCGUACGAUGACCCACGCUUGAAAGAGUUGAUUGCUGUUCUCAUUGAGUGGAUCAAUGAUGAGCUUGCAAGCCAGAGAAUUAUUGUGAAAGACAUCGAAGAAGAUCUUUACGACGGACAGGUACUGCAAAAGCUACUUGAGAAGCUUACUGAAAAGCGUCUUGAUGUUGUUGAGGUGACACAAUCUGAAGAAGGUCAAAAGCAGAAGUUGCACACAAUCAUCGAAUGUGCUAACCGUGUCUUAGGGUUACCAAAGUGGGGCCAGCAGAAAUGGAAUGUUCAAAGCAUUCACGAAAAGAACAUUGUGUCCAUCAUACAUCUUCUAGUAGCCCUUGCUCGACACUUCAGAGCUCCUGUGCGUCUUCCAGAGAACGUAGUUGUGAAGGUCGUUGUCGUUCAGAAACGGGAUGGAAUUCUGCAUCCAAGAACAGUGCAGGAAGAGCUCACUUCAACCUAUGAUGACCUUGGAAUGCGAGUUGAACGUGAUGCUUUUGACACUUUGUUUGACCAUGCUCCCGAUAAGCUUCAGGUAGUGAAGAAGUCACUCAUGACAUUUGUGAACAAACACUUAAACAAGAUCAACCUUGAAGUCACGGACCUGGACAACCAGUUCCAGGAUGGCAUCUACCUUGUGCUUCUGAUGGGACUGCUUGAGGGAUAUUUCGUCCCCCUUUACUCAUUCUUCCCAACGCCCUCCAGUUUUGACCAGAAGGUGCACAAUGUUUCUUUUGCUUUUACGCUCAUGCAAGAUGCCGGCCUUCCCAAGCCUAAGGCUCGUCCUGAAGACCUUGUAAAUGCAGAUCUGAAGUCAACCUUGAGGGUCCUGUACAACCUGUUUACAAGAUACAAGGACACAUGAAUGUGGACAGCAUGCAGGGCCCCUGCCAAGUAAUGGUCUGGUGGGCCCAAUUUUAAAUGCAUUUUUAUAGUAGAAUGACAACUGCAUUUACACUCACGUGCCUCAUUUCCGUGGCCUUCAUUGGAAGGUCUCAAAGGUGCCUUUUUCUGGAAAGAAUCAGUGUUUUAGCGCACAUAGACACUUCUGUACCGCGUUUUUACUAACACUGUACUACAAGAUUAUUCUCUUAGGCUUCAUGUACAUAGACAUAAUAGAUAAUAUAUGAGCAGAAAUCAGCAGCUUCAUCGUUGCCCAUUUAUACUUGUUCAUGUCUGUUAAAAUAUUUAUUAAAAUGCUACACUACAAUUUCGGAUAUAUUGCAUUGACAAGCCACGUUGUGAUUUUGGAAUUAAACCACACUUUUUAACAGAA